AUGAGUCCUGUCAUUCCCGCCUCCCAUGGUAUGGCUGUGCCAGACCGACUACACGCGGUGUCUGUCCAGAUCCCUACCUGGCAGGAAGUUUGUGCUAUAGCCCUUGGGGACAUCAAGGCCACCCAAGCUUUGAAAAAUGGAUAUCCUCGAUCUUUCGUUCAUAAAAGCAUCCAAGUGCUUGCCGAAGCCGUUCAAAAAGAAUUCUUACUUUUGGAAGAGAAACUCAUGCUUUUUUCUAAUCUGAACGCUGCUCGUGCUUGUAAAGCCUACAUGAUCUCCGCAACUCAUGGAGAACAGACUGGAUCCUCGGACAGCAUCUCAGUACGUAGUAUUGGGUUUGGCACAGCUGAUAUUCCCGAGUACGCUCUCCAACUGCCACUUCUUUACGCGGUGGUAUACCCACCUAAGUUAUCGGGCACGGCAACCCUAUUUUGGAGGCUGACAGGAACGGGAAUAUCUUCGCGUCAAGCAGGACGCUGUCUCCAAGCGCUUGACCGAAUCCGCGAAGUGGAAGAAACCGCACAGCCCACCCCCUCUGUCUCCCACUCAGUCUACGAGACAAUACGUGCCCGCAUUGCCAGUCUGAUUGAGUACGCCCCAGUUUCACGCCGAGGCCCGUCCAAGGUUUCAUCGAAAGAUGUCUAUCUCUAUCCCUCUGGGAUGUCGGCCAUCUAUCAUGCCCAUCAUAUGCUGCUUAAUUGGCGUGGAGCAGAGAGUGUAGUCGUGGGAUUUACUUACGAGCUGACAAUUAAGACCAUGGAGGCAUUUGGGCCGUCUUAUCGAUUUUUCAGCGCCGGCACCGAAGCUGAGAUUGAUGAGCUUGAAAGUUACCUAGAUGACAGAUUCCUCCAAGGGGUCAAGAUUCAGGCAGUUUGGUGCGAGUGCCCAUCAAACCCUCUACUCCGAACCGUCAAUAUGGUCCGGCUGAGGGAACUAGCCGACAAGUAUGAUUUUGUAAUCGUUGUGGAUGAUACCAUUGGGAAUUUUGCCAACGUGGACGUUCUUGGUGUCGCGGACGUUAUAAUCACGUCGCUCACCAAGGCUUUCAAUGGGUUCGCGGAUGUGCUCGCUGGCAGCAUGGUCCUGAAUCCGAACUCCCGGUAUUACAGCAAGCUUCAAGCCAUCAUCAAUGCCUCGUACAUAAACGAUUUACACGUUGACGAUGCUCGCCAGCUGGAGAAUAACAGCCGCAAUUUCCUGCAGCGUGCUACGCGCAUGAAUGAAACGGCCAACUAUCUCAUGGACCAGAUCUCUCCAUACGUUUCGAUCCCCUCCAGCAUUGUGAGCAAAGUCUAUUACCCGAAAUUGUGCUGGUCCGCGGACAACUACCAUGCGCGAAUGCGGCCCGCCACCGAAGAGUUCACCCCGGGAUACGGCGGAAUGUUCACCAUCGAGUUCGUCGCAGUUCAGGUGGCAAUGGAGUUCUUGAACUCGCUCCAACUCCACAAGGGGCCGUCCAUUGGUGCAGAUGUUACGCUGGCUCUGCCGUAUGUACAGAUGGUGUUUCAAAAGGAUAAGGAAUGGGCCGAGAGUCAUGGCAUCAAGGAGACCAUUGUGCGGAUAUCUGUGGGACUGGAGGACAAGGAAGAACUAUUGGAUUGCCUGCUACGCGCAUUGGAGUCUGCCAACAAAUGCAAAAGUCGUAUUUAA